AUGGCUUCGAAGUUGGAUGGAUUUAUUCGCCCGUAUCGGGGCAAACAGGACGACUUUGAUGAGUUCUGGGCUAAGUUUCUGGUCUUAGCCAAGGCCAAUAAGUGGGCCGAUGACGCUGCCAGGGCUGAGCAUCUUCCGGCUUUGCGGAAUGGAGAGCCUGUGGACGCGUACCUGGCAGAUUUGAAGCGUCUACUUACGCUGUCUGGCCAUAAGAUUGCGGAUAAUUUAGAUCCCGUGCUGAUUGAGCGGUUCCUGAGUGGUUUGCCAGCUGAUAUUGGUCACCACGUUCGUAUGGCGUCUGCUACGCAGAAGCUCACUGUCACUGAUAUGGCAAAUCAAAUCAGAGUCAUGCAGGCAUCCAAACUCCCAGAAUCCCAUGGUGCUGUUGCUGCUGCUAGCUCUCAGCCCAAGAAGUCGCUCGUGUGUUACCAGUGUAAGGCCGUGGGCCAUGUGAGAUCACAGUGCCCGAAGCGUAAGCCCAAUGUCACCUGUUAUGCCUGUAAAGCGAAAGGGCAUAUUUCCAAGGACUGUCCGAACAGGAGUCGAGUUGGAAAUGUCGCUGCUGGUCACGCGCCACCUGAACGUACGGAUAUUUGCCUUGCUCUGGCAAAAUCGGAUGGAGACCUAGUUCGUGUAGCCGUGGACGUACAGGAACCCAGUACUGAGUCUAGUACGUGGACGCGUUUUGCCUCUGUGGUGGAUUCUGGCUGUACUCGCACACUUGUGGAGUCGGCUGUUGUUGACCGAUUGAACCUAUCAGCUGCAGUUUAUCCCUGUCAGGACAAGCUGUUGUCUAUCGACGGAACACCACUUACUAUCCUUGGCAACGUCACGCUACGUGUGCAACGACUUGAUGGAGCCGUCCAUUUGCCUCGGAUCACUAUUGAUUGUCUCGUUGUGCCCAACUUGUCGUCCUUGAACACGGACUUCCUGAUUGGCACAGAUACCAUUGGCAAGGUCGGUGGACUCACUCUACGUUACGACGGUCUAGGGGGCACGCUGUCCUCAGUUGUGUUUGGUCAGCAGGCAGGUGUCGCUGCCGGUGCAUCUCCCCAACCCGAAUCUGAGAAGCCUAACAAGCUUUCUCGCCACAUCGAUGUUACCGAGUCCGAGUCGACAGUCACGUUGAAGGCGAAUGAUUGCCAAGCUAACUGGUCGAAUGAGCGUGGUCAUUGGAUUGCUCAGUGGUCGUGGAAGGGUGGCGUUGCACCCGAGCAGCACAUUGGUUCCGGCAUUGGAGAGUACUUGCGGAAGUCUCUAAGCGUCAGCGAGGAGGAGCAGUUUGCUUCAGAAAUGAAGUUGUGGGUGGACAAUGGAUGGCUUGUCAAGUACGACUCCGAGGCAUUCGGAGAGCCUGUCGCUGUCUUGCCGAUACUUGCCGUUAGUCAGCAGCACAAGGCAUCCACGCUGGUUCGGCUGUGCUUGGACUACCGUGCCCUGAAUGCCUGUCUUGUGUCCCACCCCGGUGUCACCGCUCCAGCUUGUGACGCGAAACUCCGUGACUGGCGCAGACCUAGUGCCGACAGCGUUCUUCUCGACAUCCGGAAAGCCUACCUGCAAGUACGGAUCCAUCCCACCCUGUACAAGUACCAAACCGUUGUGUACAAAGGCGAGUUGUAUACCAUGACCCGCAUGGGAUUCGGUCUGAACGUUGCGCCAAAGAUCUUGGACAUGAUUGUCCAAAGGAUUACCUGUGAUCACGCCGACGUUGACAACUAUGUGGACGACCUCUACGUCCCUACUGCCCAGACCGACAUCGUCCGCCAUGAACUCGCCAGCUAUGGGCUUGAGACGAAAGAGCCAGAGCAGUUCGUAACUGCUCGUGUGUUGGGCCUACAGCUGUCCUCUUCUGAUGUCGAAGAUACAGUCAUGUGGGAACGUCGUGCUGGUGUUGACCUCAAGUUGCCAGAGUCACCAACUCGUCGUCAAGUGUUCAGUUGGUGUGGCCGUGUGAUUAGUCACUACCCAGUAUGUUCCUGGUUACGCCCGCUGUGCAACUACAUCAAGCGGCUUGUCGGUGAGAACACAUCGAAAUGGGAUGACCUCGUACCGCCUCAUCUCGUGCAACCAUGUCGUGAGGUCGAGUCUUGUGUCCGUCGAGACGAUCCUGUGCAUGGUGUCUGGUCUGUGCCCUGUGAUGACACCACAGUGUGGCACGUUUGGUGCGAUGCUUCUGGCCUGGCCAUGGGUGCGGUUCUGGACGUCAACGGCGCUAUCGUCGAAGACAAGUCCUGGCUCAGACCUUCCGAUGAUAAGCAGACUAAGACGCUGUCAUCAAGUCGCUCAACCUCGCUCUGUGCUGGCCAGUGA